AGAUACAUGCAUUUUGCGUUACGGGAUGCAAUGCGAAACCCAAACCUAAUAAAUACUAAAAACAAGACCUCUAAGAGAAAUAUAAAAAACAACCAAAUUCCGGACAUGAAGAUCGUGACAUUGGUACUCGUCGUCUUCGUCAUACUUUCGAUAUCAUUCCCGGCUGCCAUCGUCAAAGCCGCAGACACGGGAGAUACAGGAGACACGGGAGAUACAGGAAAUGUGGGAGUGACAUGUGACGCAAGGCAGCUUCAGCCUUGCCUUGCCGCGAUUACGGGAGGAGGACAGCCUUCGGGUGCAUGUUGUGCUAAGCUUACAGAGCAACAGUCAUGCCUUUGUGGUUUCGCUAAGAACCCUGCGUUUGCACAGUACAUUAGCUCUCCAAACGCUCGCAAAGUCCUCGUUACUUGUGGUGUUGCUUAUCCUACUUGUUGAAAUAUACACUACUAGAGAUUUUAUAAAUAAAUAAUUGAAAUGAAAUAAAUUACAUUAUAUCAAACGUUUUAUGAAACAGUUUAACCGUUUGUGUUAAUGUACUGGCUUACAUGGUUAAAUAAAGUUUAUUUUCUUUUUUUA